CAGAUUAUGCAAACAUAGAAGGUUAACACUUUUCCGUGAUUUAUAUGUGACUUAUUUUUAUUAAUUCUCCCAUUUAAACAUGGCUGCCCCCAUAAAAUCGUGAAAUAUUGGGAAACGAAGCAAACAACACAUAACAAAUAUGCUCUGAAUAAAGUAAAAAUUCGCUCCUAUCUAACAUUUAUAAGAUGGCAGGUCGCGGAAGAGGUAGGGGAAAGUCGGUGUCCUUUGAUGUUCAGGCACUGGGUUUCGGGAGGGGUGAAGCCCUCCCUGCUGCCAUCAUGCAGCCACCACCUAUAUUUCCGAACCAGGAAUUUAAACCAGUUCCGCUGGUUGAAGAUGAGGAUAUGCAGUACAUAGUGGCUCUAAAGCAGGAGUUUGUUGGCUCUCUCAGGAAGUCCAAGUACUUCCUGACCCUUGGUGAAAAGAAGAAGGACAUUGAACGAUACACUGACAAGUACCAGCUCAACCAACAGGACUCUGGAGAGACUUUCACUCCAGACUGGAACAGGUUCCCAGCUGAGCUCAAGGUCAGAGAAAGAAAGGUGAAGAAGCUGAGGACUUCAGCUGUACCAAACAUUCCACAAAGGAAGAAAGAAAGUGUGAAAGUGAAGGAGGAAGAUAUUGCUAAAGCUCUAGAAAACCUUGAAAAGGAUGAGGCACAGGUUGAUGAGGCAGAGGAGGGUGGGGAAGCAGAGGAGAAGAAGAAGGAAGGAGAAGAUGAUGAGGAUGAGGCAAACCUGGAGGACGAACUGGAGUAUGAUGAAGAUGACCUGGAGGAGGAGACAGACUAUGCGGUCAGUUACUUUGACAAUGGUGAAGGUUAUGGAGAUGAUGAUGGUGAUGAUGAUGAGGGACCUGUCUAUUGAAUGGCAUCUUCCGGUAAACAGAGACCAGUCUACUGUGCAAGCUGUAUUGUUAACUUGUGCUUUACUUAUAUGUCAGAUUGGAUGAAACUAUUGAUGCAGUGGUCACUGAUGUAAAAGCAAAAAGGUUGUGGUGUUGUUUUGAAGCAGGUUUUGUGAUAAGCUGUUUCUCAUGUGAGCAUAAGAAUAUGACCUGGUGGUCAGUCAUGGUCAAGUGAUGAUAGAAACCCAGUGCUGUCAUACAUAGAAUGUCAUAAUUCCAUGCAUCUUCCAGCAGUUACAAGUAGCUGUUCUCAAGUAGACAAUAUAUAUAAUGAAUUCAUAUACAUGUUCAAAUAUUCAAAUAAGCUAAUCAAGACAUAGACCAUGUUGUCUUCCUAUGCCUGGUGACCCCAUAUUAUUUUGGUGGCAUUUUAAAGGGCAUUUCUUACUGUUGACAAAUAUAUAAAAUGACCCAAAAAGCAUUAUAAAGUUUUAAUUGCAGUCAAUAAUUUUGUUCUUUUUUCCAAUUGAAAUUGGGUGUGAAAGGACCUAUUUUGCAAUAUGUUAAGGUCAAAAAAGCUUGUUUGUAAUGUAUGUCUCAUUUUUUUCACAUAUUCUCAUUACACCUUUUCUGAUGGUUCCAAAAUGAUAUGUGUCACCAAGUAUUCUUAAUUUAUAUGAUUGUACAUGAUUGUACCUUGAAGUCUGGUGAGUAAACUUUAAAGAACCUAUCUCUAGGUUACAAUCAGAGGUCAAUUAUGUACAUCUGUUCAGUUUGUUAUGUUUCUUGGCUGUUACUUAGUCUUUGAAGGAUUUUGAAAUAACUCGAUAUAAAAUGAGCCGCAACGCAUGAUUUUGGGCCUUCUUGGGACAUAAAUUUGCUAUAGUAAUGUUUUAAGGUAUUUGAAUUAAAUGAUAUCACUUAAAUUAAGUAAGAUAAGUGUUUACAAGUGAGACCAUGUAUUGCGCAUUUUGAAUACUAAGUUUGACUUCAUUCACAUAACUAGUUACAAAAUUAACGUAUCAAUAUUACAACUAGCUUAUAAUUUAAAUGAUUUUCGUAACAUAAAUUAAGAUAAUCAUGAUGAAUCAUUUUUGUAUUUUUAAUACAUUUGGCCAAUUCAAAAACAGACUAUUAAUGCAGUCAAAAUAUGUCGGGACUAAUUUGUAAUAAUUAUGUCCGAAGGCCCAAAUUCGCGCGAUGCGGCUCAAAUAAUGUUCACACUACAUGUAUAUAUAUUUAUUUAUAAUCAAUAUGUCUUGUAAAAAGGCAUGUAACAAGUUCAAGUGUCAAGGUAACAGUUCUUUCAAGAAUGUAAGUUCGGACUUAGACAGAAGUAGGAUUGCAAUAGAUUGAUCAUUUUGCAUGCACUAUCUCGACUCCUGGCUAAAAGUUGAUUUAUACAGUACGUGCACAGACGAUCAUUUUAAGAAUAAAAAAUAUUUAAUGACAGUUCUUGAAAAUGAAAUUAAAAAUAUUACUUUAUGUAAAAGGUUGUCAUUUCUAUAUAAAGGUAUGCAAGUAAUGAAAUGUGAUUGUUGCAUGAUAAAACAAGUACAUGUGAACUUGUUAUUUAUAUUGUUCUUAGCAUGAGGAAAUGCUAUCCAUAUAAAUGUAUAACUGUUGCAGCUAUACCUGCAGUCAUUAUUGUUACCGUAGAAACAUGUUAUAUUAAAAGUGCACCAUUUGUUAAAAUGUUACUG